AUGGCUGACGAUGGAAUGCUUCUGAAUUUUGACCUAGGCUCAGGUCCAAUUAAGCCUCAGGUCAAGUUUAAGGGUGGUCGAUGGCGUGACAGGAAGCAGGCAGAGAAGUCGGCAAGGAUAGCUUCUGGGAAGACACCGCAAGCCAAACCUUCUGGGGACGGAUUCGAUGAGGGCAGGUCGUCAAAACGCCAACGAACGGACGAUGGAGGAGGGGACCACUCAUUCGAUUACAAAGCAUUCAACAGACAUGGUUCGCGACCGAAGUUCACAGACAACGAUGGCCAUGGAGGCUCAGGCCAACCUCGCAACCAGCAGCCAGAUCGCAAAUCUAGACAAGUCAUCUCCCGACUCUUCUCAUUCAACCCCGCACAGACGACAGAGGAGGAGGAGAAACAGCCAGAAUGGACAGCUCCCGAAGCGACCAAUGCGCCUUUAUCAGAUGUUGCGAACUUUGGUACAUUGACGAUUUCUGCCCGACUGGUUGAUGAGCUUGGCAAGAUGAACCUGGAGCGACCCACGGCUAUUCAGAACAAGGUGAUUCCGCAUAUGUUGACGAGUAGCUCCGAUGCCUUUGUGCAGGCCGAAACUGGUUCCGGAAAGACCCUGGCAUACCUGUUACCUAUUUUGCAUCGUGUUCUACUUCUCAGCGAAAAGGGGAAGGCUCAGAUUCAUCGAGAUUCUGGUGCUUUUGCCAUUAUCGUUGCGCCUACUCGCGAACUUGCAAAACAGGUUCAUACAGUUCUAGAGAAGCUCAUCCGACCGUUCCCAUGGCUCGUCUCGACAGCAAUUACCGGAGGAGAAUCUAAGAAGGCAGAAAAGGCUCGCAUACGGAAGGGUGUCAAUUUUCUGGUUGCUACUCCUGGACGACUUGCUGAUCAUAUCGACAAUACAAAGGCACUUAGCCUCAGCACUGUUCGAUGGCUGAUUCUUGAUGAAGGUGAUCGACUCAUGGAUCUGGGUUUCGAGGACGACUUGAAGAAGGUUAUCACGGCUAUCAAGGCAGUUGACGUAUCCGACAAACUACCCGAUGGAACACCGCUCACGGCCCUACCCGAACGAAGAGUUACAGUGCUAUGCUCAGCGACAAUGAAGAUGAACGUGCAGAAGCUAGGAGAGAUGAGUUUGGCGGAUGCGACAUUCCUGGCAGCAAAGAAGGACAUGGAGCUGGAUGUGGAAAAGACGGAAAUGAAGGCGCCCGCACAGCUUCACCAGUACUACUCGGUUGUCCCGGCCAAGCUACGGCUCGUUACUCUCAUCUCGUACCUCAAGGCGACAUUCUCUCGGCGUGGAAAGACCAUGAAGGCCAUUAUCUUCAUAUCAUGUGCCGACUCUGUCGACUUCCACUACGAACUGUUGCGAGACCCGAAUAAUAAUGAGGCACCUGUUGCAGGCUCCAAGGAUGCAGAGUCGGUUUCGAAGACAGUGGCAAAAGCAGCAUACAUCACUUCACCAGCAAGUCCCGAGGUUGUUCUGCACAGGAUGCACGGAUCUUUGUCGCAGCCCAUUCGUACAGCUACAUUGCGAUCCUUCUCAGCUUGCAAGUCUCCAUCUCUUCUGAUCACCACCGAUGUUUCCUCGCGUGGUCUUGAUAUUCCGUCGGUCGAUCUGGUCAUCGAGUAUGACCCUGCGUUCAGUUUCGCCGAUCAUAUCCAUCGUGUUGGUCGUACUGCUCGUGCUGGUCGACCUGGUGAUGCUUUAUUAUUCCUGCUCCCCGGAACUGAAGAAGGAUAUAUCGAACUCUUGAAAGCGUCAACACCACCAACGCCGCAAUCGUACGACUCUAUUCUCCAGAAGGGAAUGAUGACGAAACUCGAAUUCCCGGUCGAGACAUCCGCGAAACCGGAGGAUGGACAGUCUUUCCACGACAAAGCGGAGGCCCUUCAGCUGCACAUCGAGCAACGGCUCCUGACGGACACCAAGCGACUAGAGCUUGCUCGAAAUGGCUUCAAGUCCCACAUCAGGGCAUACGCUACGCAUACCAAGGAAGAGAGAAAGCACUUUGACAUUUCAGAAUUACACCUGGGACACACGGCAAAGAGCUACGGUCUGAGAGAAGCACCUGGCGGCAUUGGCGCAGGUGUGGAGAGGAAGACUAAGAAGCGGACGAAUAAGGGUGUCGAGAAGAAUACAGAACAGGCAGCUGGAGAUGAGAGACAAAACCAGAACAUUAUCAGGAAGAAGAGUAUGAUGCUCAUGAAUUCCGCGGCAGACGAGUUCAACAUUGGUUAG